AUGAAGUCAUCGUUGUACGACCGCAUUCUGCGGAGGGAGCUGGGGGAUGGCUCUUACUACGGCCGGAUCCCAGGUCUCUACGGGUCGAAGGAAUGGAUCGAUGAUCUGGAUAUUGUCAACGAGCUGGGCGGUCACACGGGUUGUGUCAAUGCCUUGACCUGGUCUCGGACAGGGCGCCUACUGGCAUCAGGUUCAGAUGAUACCUAUCUGAAUAUCUAUUCCUACCAGCCUGACUCAUCGACCAGCCCCUUCGCCCUGAAUACCACGAUCGCAACCGGUCAUAGGGCCAACAUAUUCUCCGUCAAGUUCAUGCCCCACUCGAACGACCAGACCCUCGUUUGCUGUGCUGGCGACUCCGAAGUUCGCGUAUUUGAUGUCGAGUAUUCGGCCAGGAACGGCAACAUCCCUCCCUCAGAAAGCUUCGCAUCAUCGGCCAGAAGCCGACGGAUGACCGAUUUCUUCAGUGGCGUGCGCUAUUUGACUACUCGCAACACCAACGCUCGCGUCUACAGGUGCCACGCGGAUCGAGUGAAAAGGAUUGUCACCGAAUCGUCCCCUUUCCUCUUCCUCACCUGCUCCGAGGAUGGUGAAGUGCGUCAAUGGGAUCUGCGUCAGCCCUCUUCCGCAUAUCCGGCCCCUCGGGGUGGCCAAGGCUUCAUGGCUUACCGACCUGGUCUCGAACACGAUGACUCGAAUGUGCCUCCUCCACUGAUCUCCUAUAAACGCUACCAUAUUGAUCUCAACACCAUAUCCUGCGCUUCCAGUCAGCCACAUUACAUCGCCCUCGGAGGGGCCCAUCUCCAUUGUUUCCUCCAUGACAGGCGCAUGAUGGGGCGCGAUCUACUCGCUGAGAGGGGUCAACCGGGCGGUUUCUCGCCGAUCCCCGGGACUAGCGACGAUGAGCAGAUGGGGCGAGCAACAAGGUGUGUCCGCAGAUUUGCCCCGGGAGGCCAGAAGAGAAUGAGACCGCAGGACAAUGGGCACAUCACGGCCUGCAAGAUCAGCGAUGCCUAUCCGAACGAGAUGGUUGUCAGCUGGUCUGGAGAACACAUUUAUAGCUUUGACCUGAUCCGCAGCGACGAUGCACGCGAAGCCGGGGAGAAAGACCGAGACUCGUUCCAGAGAGGUUCUUCUUCCGGCAGGAAGAGGUCAAAGACAAGGAAACGGAAGCGUGAAAAAGUCACAUCAAUAACGUCUCUCGAUAGUGGGAACAGGCAUCAGUCUCGCAGGCGAUCGGAAGAGCCCGGCAGUGAAGACCCUGAAAUGUCGUUCAGAGUCCGUUACGGCAACGGACAGUCCGAGGAUAUUCCGAUCCCACCGCUCACGGAUCCUGCAUCGGAGUCGCCUGAGGACGUCAUUGAGAGAGCCCGGGAGUCGGUUCUCAACGAAGCGCAGAAAUUGAGUCUGCGGAUCGCCAAGGGCCUUGUCAAGCUGCGCAAAACUCUUUUCUCUCUCGAAGCGUCGGUCCGAGAGGCCACCGAAUCGCAAAGGUAUUACGAUUCUACCCCUUACGCAGCCUCGUUCAGUUCUGCCUUGGAAUGUGCGUCGACAUACCUCCCGCAGAUGGACGAGGUCAUCAGGAAUUGGAGAUACCCACUGAAUCCGACAGAAGACGAUGUGAUAUUUCAACAGACUCUCCGUCGCAAUCGCGAAUCGGCCCGGAGAUUCGUGCAGGCUUCAGGAACGUUAGCUCGUUUCCUUGGGGGCAGAGUGGAGAGUUCGUUAGAGGGAGACAGUUCCCAGGAGGACUUGUUUAGGGAGAUCGUUCCUGCACCGUCAGAAGAUGGUGUCAUUGACCCGGAAUCUCAGUUCGGCUAUGACUUCCUGAAAGCCAUCAUACUUUGGCUUGAACGGGGUCGAGCAGGCCUUGUAGAAGGAUUCAAGCUUCGUCAACAUAACCCGCGCAAUCGCGCACGAUUCCCAAUACCGGACGAUGCGGAUGAACGAGCGAUCGAGGACAUUCUCAUUCCUUAUUUUCAGAGGCUGGCCGGCUCGACGCCUGUAGUUGAUAUUGACAGAUUCGAGCACGACGAGUCUCGCGUCGUGUUCGAGUCGCAGUCGGCUGCUGUGACUGCCUUCGGGAAUGCUGUGAAGCUGUCUCUGGAGGAUUUGGGGAAUGCGGCAGCUCGUGAAGAAGAAUGCGAAGGGUCGUCAGAACCACCGAUUGUUCGUACAUUGAACCGCCGCGCAGCGAUCCGGUUCUGGGGCUUCAAGGUCGGUCGAUCCAUUCUCAUGCAGACUGGCGAAGGGGUCAAUUUCGAGUUCGUCAAUCGUGCAUUUGGCGGGUUGAGAACUUUCGUGGAGGAAGAUCAGGACGAGGAUGACGGUCGGGAACGCAUGCAGGAGGAUAUCGAUCCCAACGAGGAGGAGGAGCAGGUCGAAGAAGCCCGUCUUCGACGGAGGCGUCGCAGUCAGAGAGAGAAUACAUCAUCUGGGAACUCUUCUUCCGAGGUAGACACUGAAGGUGACAGUCUCCGUAGAUCGCCCUCUGGGGAAGAUGUUGAGAUGACGGGCGCCGCGCUGUCCAACGAAGACAGCGUGGACCACAGCUCCGAGGACGGAGAUGAAGAUGAGGAGAUGGACGACGAGGAUGACGAUGAUGAUGAUGACGGGGGUGAUGUUGAUGAUGAUGACGACGACGACGACAAUGACAACGAUGACGAUGACGAUGACGAAGAGGAUGAGGGGUCGGAGAUCGGAGGGUUUUUCAUCAGACGGGGUCACUUCCGCAAUAGACGGAGAGAAGAGGUCGAGGCGCAUGUGCCGUGCUCGUCACACGUGAACGUCUAUCGUGGACAUUGUAAUGUCAAGACGGUUAAGGAUGUCAACUAUUUCGGAUUGGACGACGAAUACGUGGUGAGCGGAAGCGAUUCGGGACACGUCUUCAUUUGGGAGCGGAAGACGGCGAAAUUGGUCAAUAUCCUUGAGGGAGACGGCGAGAUUGUCAAUGUCGUACAAGGUCAUCCUUACGAGCCGACAAUGGCGGUCUCCGGGAUCGACAACACGAUCAAGAUUUUCUCACCCGACCGACGCGCCCAGGAUGAAGCGCGCCGCGGCAUCAAUAUCCUCAACCCGGAUCACCCGGCGAAUCUGUUUAGGAGUCGAGCCCGCAAUGGCGGGGGUGGCGGGGAUGGCAAUCAAGUUUUUGGUCUCCGCAGCUGCAAACGCAUGCAGGACAGCUAUCAGAUCAUUGCUCAGAAUGAUAGAAGUAUGCUGGCUCGUCUUGCUGCGACAUUGCGAGAGCGACACGCUCUUGGAGGAGGCGUUGCUGCCGUGGGCGGCGAAGGUGGUGAAGGUGCUACGAUUGUGUUGGACGAUAACUGCAAUCAUUUUCGAGGUCGCAUGUUGCAAGAGGGAAAUUGA